AACCUCUAAAACCCCUCGCCACUCUGAAGCCUGAAACGCCCGCGACGUCGGUUCUCUGGCGCUGGUUGCAAAGAUGCAAUCUUUCCGUAGUCAUUUCCUUCGCCGCAAGCUCCUCGUUCUCUCUGGAAGCAAGUCCUUUGCGGGUGCUCGAUCUCUCAUUUCUUCCUUUGCGGGUGCUCGACCCCUCAUUUCUUCGCCGGUUCACUUCCGAAGUAGUAGUUUUCAUUCCAGCGAUCGGCGAUGGGAGGAAGAAUCUAGGGAUUCACCUGCAUCCAGCGUGGGCGUGGAGGUGCAUAAGUUUUCGACAUACGUUGAUCCUCUGGAGGGAAAGAUCGUGACAAUGCAAGUUGCAGACGAGAGAGAUGAUAACGGAGGAGAGGCGGAGGUGAGCAUCAAUACAGUGGCUGCCGCAAAGGUAAGUAGUGGUAGUAGCAGCCAGGAGCUCAAUAGUCAGGAGACUGACGAAAAUAAGCAGAAUUCCCUAUCCUAUGCUGGUGUAAAGAGGAAGUCGGGGAAGACGAAGUCUACUUGGGUUUGUGAAAAUUGCGGAGAUAUACAAGCACAGUGGUGGGGAACGUGCCCAAACUGCCAAGUGGUAGGUAAGUUUAAGCGCUUCGUGGAGUCUGAGGUGAGCAAGUCAAGGGGGGCUGAGAUUUCUGAAGCCCUAGUUAGUUCGUGGCUCCCCCAAGAGUCAAGAAUAAGCACCCCUAUCAGCUUGGCCGAAGUGACAUCAGGCACAGACCAGUCAGAAUGGAGAAUUCCGCUAGAGGGACACUUUGGAUUGGAGUUCUGUAGGGUUCUUGGUGGUGGUCUCGUGCCAGGCUCCUUAGUUUUAAUUGGUGGCGACCCUGGAGUUGGCAAGAGUACACUACUAUUGCAGAUUGCUGCUAUUUUAGCUCGAGGAUUCAAUCAUGGAGGGCCUGCUCCAGUUGUAUAUGCAUCUGGUGAGGAGAGCAUUGAACAAAUACGAAACAGGGCACAGCGUAUGAGCAUCACAACCAAGGAUCUUUACUUGUAUUCAAAUACAGACAUUGAGGAUAUAUUGGAAAAAAUAACAAAACUGUCCCCACGGGCUCUUAUUGUCGAUUCUAUUCAGACUGUUUAUUUGAAAGGAGUUACUGGUAGUGCUGGAAAUGUCAUGCAGAUUAAGGAGUGCACAUCAGCCUUACUCCGAUUUGCUAAGCAGACAAAUAUCCCUGUUUUCUUGAGCGGGCAUGUGACAAAAACAGGAGAGAUUGCUGGGCCUCGCAUCUUGGAGCAUAUAGUGGAUGCUGUUUUCUAUAUGGAGGGUGAUAGGCACACAUCUUAUCGGCUAGUGCGCUCUGUGAAGAACCGCUUUGGUUCAACUGAUGAGCUUGGAGUGUUUGAAAUGUCAGAAGCUGGCUUGCAAGCUGUCCAAAAUCCAAGUGAAAUAUUCCUAAGUGAAGACUUUUCUGACUCUGAUGUAUUAGUUGGUCGUGCAGUAACAGUAACCCUUGAUGGUUCUCUAACUUUUUCUAAGAGGGUAAUAGUGUUCUCUAAAAUAGACCUGCACUUUGGGUACCGUCAGUUGAAAGUGAAAGAAAGUGAUAUAUCCAGAAUAAUUUUCAGGACCAGAUACGGACGCUAUGAGUUCGUAGUUUUGUCUUUUGGUGUGACUUAUACACCUGCAGUCUUCAUGGAUUUGAUGAACAGAGUAUUCAGAGAAUACCUUGAUAAAUUUGUCAUCGUGUUCAUCGACGAUAUUUUAGUCUAUUUCAGAACCCCAGAGGGGCAUGACACGCACUUGAGAAUAGUCCUGCAGACCCUACAGUAAAACCAGUUUUAUGUCAAAUUUUCGAAGUGCGAGUUCUGGUUAAAUCAGGUGGCGUUUUUAGGUCACAUUAUUUCUAAAGAAUGCAUUCAAGUGGAUCCUGUCAAGAUAGAGGUAGUCAAUAAUUGGCAUAGGCCCAAGAACGUUAGAGAGAUCAGAAAUUUCCUUGGUUUAGCUGGGUAUUAC